ACGAGCGCCGGAGUCAUGCAGCGGGCGGCGGGCUUGGUGCUGGGGCUGCGCGCCGGCCGCUGCCCGCGCUCCCCGGGCUGGGGCCGGGGCCGGGGCCGGAGCUGGAGCAGCGCGGCGGCCGAGGCCUCGGCGGUGCUGAAGCUGCGGCCGGAGAAGAACGGGCGCCAGCGGAUCCUGACGCCCGAGUCUAUGAACCCGCUGGUGAAGGCGGUGGAGUACGCGGUGCGGGGGCCCAUCCUGCUCAAAGCCGGCGAGAUCGAGAUGGAGCUGCAGCGGGGUAUCAAAAAGCCUUUCACAGAAGUCAUAAAAGCCAACAUUGGUGAUGCCCAUGCAAUGGGCCAGCAACCAAUCACCUUCCUCCGACAGGUGGUGGCUCUUUGCACAUAUCCAAACCUGUUGGACAGCCCUAGCUUCCCAGAAGAUGCCAAGAACCGAGCCAGGAGGAUCUUAAAGGCGUGUGGGGGGAACAGCCUGGGGGCUUACAGUGCCAGCCAGGGUGUCAACUGCAUCCGUGAAGAUGUGGCGGCAUACAUCGAGAGGAGAGAUGGCGGUGUGCCUGCAGACCCAGACAACAUUUACCUAACGACUGGAGCUAGUGAUGGCAUUUCUACAAUUCUAAAGAUUCUGGUGUCUGGUGGAGGAAAGUCCCGGACUGGAGUGUUGAUCCCCAUCCCCCAGUACCCUCUGUACUCAGCUGUCAUUUCGGAGCUGGAUGCCAUCCAGGUGAACUAUUACCUGGAUGAAGAAAACUACUGGGCUCUGGAUGUAAAUGAGCUCCGACGUGCAGUGACUGAAGCCAAGGAGUACUGUAACCCCAAAGUCCUCUGCAUCAUCAAUCCUGGGAACCCUACAGGUCAGGUCCAGAGCAGAAAAUGCAUUGAAGAAGUGAUUCACUUUGCUUGGGAAGAGAAACUCUUCCUCUUGGCUGAUGAGGUGUAUCAGGACAACGUGUAUCCUAAGGACUGCCAAUUUCAUUCCUUCAAGAAGGUUCUCUAUGAGAUGGGCCCAGAGUACUCAAGCAAUGUGGAGCUUGCAUCCUUCCACUCCACCUCCAAAGGCUACAUGGGCGAGUGUGGCUACCGAGGGGGCUACAUGGAGGUGAUCAACUUACAUCCAGAGAUUAAGGGACAGCUCGUCAAGAUGCUCUCUGUCCGGCUCUGUCCCCCAGUGUCUGGACAGGCAGCCAUGGACAUUGUCGUGAACCCGCCUGUGCCUGGAGAGGAAUCUUUUGAGCAGUUCAAUAGGGAGAAGGAGUUUGUCCUGAGCAAUCUUGCAAAAAAAGCUAAGCUUACAGAAGAUUUGUUCAACCAAGUCCCAGGAAUUCACUGUAAUCCCUUACAAGGAGCAAUGUAUGCCUUUCCCAGGAUCUUCAUCCCAACGAAGGCAAUUGAGACAGCUAAGGCCCAUAAGAUGGCCCCAGACAUGUUUUACUGUAUGAAGCUUCUGGAAGAAACUGGAAUCUGUGUGGUACCUGGCAGUGGCUUUGGCCAAAGGGAAGGGACUUACCACUUAAGAAUGACCAUCCUCCCUCCUGUAGAGAAGCUAAAGAUUGUCCUGGAGAAGGUGAAGGACUUCCACAUAAAGUUUCUUGAGAAGUAUGCAUGAGGCCCAAGGCAGCAUUGCCCAAUGAGCAGAGACCUGGGGAUUUGUUUGUAAUUUGACUGGGUCCACAGAAGCCUUGGCUCAGGAAGCUUGUUGGACCAGAACCAUUCUUCCCCAACAACUCUGCUGAGCAUCUUGCCUAGGGGACUUUGUGAUGUCCAUCUUUGGUUUUAUUGUAGGAGACUUUUUGUGCCUUGAUGAUGAGAAUACUUCUCUUCCAUGUUUCUGUUUCCAACCAAUCUGGGAAUUGGUCACAAUUCAGAAAGCCCCGUAGGCCCUGACAUCCACAGAGCUGACGCGUGAACUUGAUCAGCAGACGUGGCCAACCAGUGCCCUCUGGUUUCUUUUGAAAAUCCUAUUUGAAUUUGUAAAACAAAACAAAAAAAAAGUUAUGUUGUUCUAAGUGGUUUCAGGUCUAGGUCAAAAAGCAAGUGCCAGAGAAUGUCUUAACUUCAGUAAGUAUUGGGUAGCUGAGGUUUGAGGCUAUGCUUGAUGUUAUCUAUAAAAUAAAACACUUAUCCUUAUAAGAAUCCAGUCAUUUGAGAGGAGGGGUAUUCAGAGAUUAGAUUGAGGAUGUUGAAAUCGUUGAGAGCCUUUCCCUUAAGUAUGGCAAUGGAGUUUAGAAAGUGAAAAGGCCUGACUGAUCCAGCCUGUAAGUGGAUGGGGGCUAAGAAGGCUUGUGGAAGGGUGGGGCUGAAGAGGAAGGAGAUGGAUACAUGGAGCUCUGACUCAGCAGGAAUACCACUUGGGAAAAAAUGAGAUACAGAUUUUGUCCCCAUGGAGAGCUUCAGGCAACCUGAAAUGUCUUGUUGGACACAGAUGACCAUUACCCCUGUUCUAUAGGAGGCUUCUCUUAGGGAUUUUGGGGUGAUGGAUUAAGGGACUCUUGUUACAUCCACCCUGGCACUCCUGCUGGGAAAGUUCAUGGGUUUAAGGGAAUAUCUAUUCUGCCACCCUGUGAUUUUACUGCUGCAAAAGAUCUCCCCUUCACUUCUCCUUUGCAAAUUGUCUUGGGAUGUAAAAGACCGACUUGUCUGUCCUUCUUUUCGGCACAACUGAAAAUAGGACCUAGAAGAAUGCAGUUGUGGUGAUAUGGUAGAGGCUGUUUGGUAGGCCCUUCGACACCUUUUUAUUGGCUAAAGUCUUGAGCAUCAAAGGCCUAGUAACUUUGCCCUCCCUGCCCCCCCC